ACCGUCAGAAUUUCACCCUCAAGCACGUGCGCUCUCUUUUUCACCCUUUAUCGUUCCUCUCUCUCCAUUCUACAGUUAAUUUUUGGGUUGUGGGUUGUGGGUGGCCGGAGAGAGAGACAUGGAAGAGAGCCUGUUGGUGAAGGGCAAAGGUGGAGAGAAAAGGGGGGAGGGUUUAAGAUGGGUUUUGGUGGGUGAAGAAGUGAAGAGGUUGGGUUGCUUGGCUGCACCCAUGGUUGCUGUGAUUCUAUCACAGUACUUGUUACAAGUUAUAUCUCUAAUGAUGGUUGGACACCUGGGUGAGCUUGCUCUCUCUAGCACCGCCAUAGCCAUCUCCCUCUCUGGCGUCACCGGCUUUAGUUUUCUCUUAGGAAUGGCUAGUGCACUGGAGACUCUAUGUGGGCAAGCUUAUGGAGCAGAACAAUAUCACAAGCUGGGAACUCAAACCUACACUGCUAUUGUCUCCCUUUUAUUGGUUUGUCUUCCUCUAGCUGUCAUAUGGCUCUACAUGAGCAAACUGCUUACUUUUAUAGGCCAGGACCCUGUAAUUUCACAUGAAGCCGGUCAAUUCUCAAUUUGGCUUGUUCCUGCACUCUUCGGUUAUGCGACUCUUCAGGCCCUUGUUCGGUACUUACAAACCCAAAGCUUGAUCAUGCCUUUGCUCCUAACUUCAUGCGCCAUUCUUGGUUUCCAUAUACCUCUCUGUUGGGCUUUAGUAUUCAAGUCUGGACUAGGUAGCCUUGGAGGGGCACUUGCAAUUGGUAUUUCAUACUGGUUGAAUGUAAUUUUCCUUGGAUUAUACAUUAAGUACUCUCCUGCUUGUGAGAAAACUCGUGUCCCGGUUUCAAUGGAGAUACUUGGAGGAAUCGGAGAGUUUUUCCGCUUCGCUAUCCCGUCAGCUGUAAUGAUUUGUCUAGAGUGGUGGUCGUUUGAGCUGCUUAUAUUGCUGUCCGGACUUCUACCUAACCCAGAGCUUGAAGCCUCUGUUCUCUCUGUAUGUCUCAACACCGUCUCAACUCUGUAUGCAAUACCACAUGGACUGGGUUCGGCUGGAAGCACAAGAGUUUCAAAUGAAUUAGGAGCUGGGAACCCGCAAAAGGCUCGUCUAGCUGUUCAUGCAGCGGUAUGUCUUGCAGUGACAGAGGCCAUUGUUAUAAGCACAACCCUCUUUGUCAGUCGGCGUGUUUUCGGUUAUGUAUUCAGCGAGGAAGAGGAAGUUGUGGAUUAUGUCACGAACAUAGCUCCUUUCCUUUGUCUGUCUGUUAUCUUAGACAGCGUACAAGGGACUCUUUCUGGUGUUGUUAGGGGAUGCGGGCGGCAGCGUAUCGGGGCUUUUAUUAACCUUGGGGCAUUUUAUCUCUGUGGCAUCCCAGUAGCUGUCAUAUUGGCUUUCGUGGUACAUCUACGAGGAAAAGGCCUCUGGGUUGGACUGCAAACUGGUUCUCUUCUACAAACAAGUCUGCUUUUGAUCAUAACUGGCUGCACAAAUUGGGAAGAGCAGGCAACCAAGGCACGGCAGAGGAUAUUUGAGGGAACAUCUUCAGUAGAAAACGGAGUACUAAUGUGAAUGGGCGGGCAGAAAGCAGUGAUGGGCUAGUUGUAUUUAUGUGAAGGAUGUAAGCUAGGAAUAUUGCCUGAAGUUAUGAGAAUAGUCAUUUGCGUUUGAAUAUGUUAAAUUAUUGGGUUCAAUAGGCUUUAGCUUUGAGGAUGUGAUAUCAUGAGAACUGUUCAUCAAUACUUGGCUGGCAUUGCAGUGAUGGAGAAAUACAAAGCUUUCUGAUUCUAUUCUUCAUU